AUGAUCACCAUCCAGUCCCUCAAAAGAGUCAGUCAAAACCUCCUCUUGCGGCGUAGGGUGUUGCUUCUUCUCCUAGCCAUCACGAUUUUGGUCUACCAAGCAUCCACAUUUACGUCACGAGGUUUUGGUUCUUCGUCAGUGCCUUUCGUCAAGGUUGACAUACAGAAACAGCGAGAUACAAUCAAGAACCCAGUCUACUUGGAGGUGAGAGAUCAGUUGGAACGAGAAGAAAAGCUCGAGAACAAAUGCAGUAUCUAUUUCAACAAGUUGAACAAGGUGCAAACGAAGAAAACUGCUAGUGGUGGAAGCAAUCGAAUCAUGAGCUUGGACGAAAUUAACGCGUUUUCCUACGACAAUCUAGUGUACAAAGAGAAGAAAUUCAUCAGGCAAAAAUUGCUUGAAAUGAAGAUCCUGUUGAAUAAGAAGGGUAGAAAAAUGGUAGAUUCCGGUCGUCUUCAAGUAGAAAACGAAUACGCGAAAUUGAGCACUUUGACUGCCGAUUACGAAAGACGAGUGGCUCAGGAUUUCCGCCACAUGGCCAUAUACGGAAAAUGCUUUGUUGAGGAGUCCGGGGACCUCGAUAUUGGGAAAACACGGGACCAGUGUCAAGAAUACGGUGCGCAGUUGUAUCCGUGGUUGUCAAAUUCGCUACCCCGUUUUGAGAAUUGGAAAAAUGAAAUCUUACCUGCCAACGAGAUUCCGAUCUAUGACGAAAGGAAGUAUGCGGCUGCUAAACCUUCUAAGUGUUUUGUGCAAGACUUGAAAAGAAGAAGCAAUGGCAAAGGAAUUGUGAUUCCAGUAUACUUUUCCUCUAAUAAGAAAAGACAAGAUAUGGUUGAUAAUGUUGUAAGAUUGAUCAGGGUUUUGCGGGGCUUAAAGAAUAAAUUGCCCAUUCAGUUGGUUUAUAGAGACUUGGCCUUAAAUGGUCACGAAAGAAAUCAAUUCAUACGAGCUGCCAGAGACGAUUUGAAGUUUAUUCCCCAAUCAUUCAACGACACCCACCCCAUUACUGACGAUUCAUUUCCUCAACAAGAUAUAUGGUUUGUGAAAACUGAUAGCUCCAUUAAUACCAAAAAGUUCCCACUGAUCCUCAAGUCGGCUGUUUUCAAUUCGACAGACUUCAAUUAUGGUUUAAGCACCAUUUUAAACUCCUUCGAAGAAUUUGUUCUUCUCACUCCUCAUGCAAUUCCAAUGACUGAAGGCUUCGCUAAUGAUUUUUUCGAUGAUGAAAAGUACCAGGUCGGGGGUCUUACCCUUUUCAAAGGUCCAACCCUGUAUGGCUACAAGCCAAGUAAAUUCCAAGAGGGGUUCCAUGAAGUGGCAAGCUUCGUCAAAAAUCUGUUGAUGCCUUGGAGGGAUGAUUCCCGUGUGUUUGGGUUGAAUCUCAGACGCAAUGAUCCCGCCAUCGCUAGGUUUUAUGACGGAAGUUUUGUCAAAAUGAUCGAUCCUUCCAUGAUGGUAAUCAAUAAGUCAAAGGCAUUCAGUGGUUUGUUGAUUGGUUGCAACUUUCAAAUGCACAAACUAUUCAAGACGAGAUUCUACUCUGCCAAGCACUUCGAUCAUGAAGGGGACGAUAUCAAUCCAGAAUUUAUUUGGGUAGGACAAGAAGCUGCAGGAACAUUUGAUCGUAUCAACUUCAACAUGGAAUAUGCUGUCUCUGUUGGAUUGCAAACACCCAAACAGAUUAUGUCUAGCAAAGUUGCCACCAUGGCGCAUGAAAUAUGCAGCUCGUCAUGGGGUCAAGUGGUUGAAGAUGACAAUUCGAAAUUGGUUUACUUAACAACCCAUCAACUCGAAAAUUGGAAAGAUAAGGACGCACAUUUCCGGUUGCGCCUCAGACACAAAUUCACCUAUGUUGCUGGAAGUAACGAACAAGAAGAGCUUUACAGCAAAACUUUCGAACGACCAUUAUACAUAAGUCAUAUUCUCAAGCCUCCAACCAUCGUCAGUCCUAUGUUUGAUGAAAAUUCUCGGGAACCAGACCAGGCCUGGAUAUUACAACCAGAUUUUGCAACUCCGAAAGAAUUUCCAUAUUGGUGCACUUACGAUUUGGUGGGGGGAGGUACAAGCGGAGUGAGAGGGGGGCUCGUUGGCUUAACUGGGGAAUUGUCGGCAAAGUACAAUGCGGUGGUCGAUUUGUGGAUGGGAGAGGAUAAUGAUGUAGACUUUUGA